GCGAGUCCCGCCGGAGUGCAAGGGCGUUUGUUGAUGUCGCGGCGGCGUUUUGCUGCAGGAAUCACCGUCUCUUCCUUCUUCUUCUUUUUUGUCGUUAUCCUCCCGGCGACCGAGGUGCGUUGUGCCGCGCGUGUUAAAGAGACCAGGUUGCCCCAUUGCAACAAACUUCCCCCAUUUUUGUUUGACUGGAGUUUUGAUUUGGUUGGGGUUCCCCCCCCUCCCUCCUUGGAAUUCCCCCUUUGGAGUCGAUUUACUUGUGGUUGCAAACUACCAUCCCCGGUUUCCGUCCAACAUCCUUGCGCCGUGGAAGGAAAGGACUAGAAAGAAGCCCGCCGCUUAUCUUACUGGUUUGAACGAAGGAAUAUGACAUUAUCUAAGAAAACGUCAAACCAGGACACCUAGCGGACUAAGGAUUUCUGUUGGAGAAAUCUUUUUUUCCCUCUGGAAAUACCUAUAUAAGAAUAUCAUUAUUCUAGUGCCUCGCUGUUGUUGGAAUUUGGCAGUUGGAAGACAUGUCCAUUGCACUCAAGCAAGUUUUUAAUAAGGACAAGACGUUCCGUCCCAAACGGAAAUUUGAACCUGGGACCCAGAGGUUUGAGCUUCACAAACGAGCACAAGCCUCACUCAAUUCUGGAGUGGACCUGAAGGCAGCUGUGCAGUUGCCCACUGGAGAAGAUCUAAACGAUUGGGUUGCUGUUCACGUAGUUGACUUUUUCAAUAGGAUCAACCUGAUUUAUGGAACUAUCUGUGAGUUUUGCACAGAGAGAACCUGCCCUAUGAUGUCAGGUGGGCCUAAGUAUGAAUACAGGUGGCAGGAUGAUCUGAAGUACAAAAAACCUACAGCAUUACCAGCACCCCAGUAUAUGAAUCUUUUGAUGGACUGGAUUGAGGUGCAGAUCAACAACGAGGACAUAUUUCCAACUUGUGUAGGUGUACCAUUCCCCAAAAACUUCCUCCAGAUCUGCAAAAAGAUCCUGUGCAGGCUAUUUCGGGUGUUCGUACACGUUUACAUUCAUCACUUUGACCGCAUCAUAAUCAUGGGAGCUGAGGCCCACGUCAAUACCUGUUACAAGCACUUUUAUUAUUUUGUCACAGAGCUCAACCUCAUAGACCGUAAGGAACUAGAACCUUUGAAAGAGAUGACAACCCGGAUGUGUCAUUGAAGAACUGUCACUGUAUGGAGGAGAGAAAAAGAAAAGAAGAAGCAAUAUCCUGCUAACUGAAGAAAAGCUAGAAGAUAUAUCAGUCCUGUAUAGGCCAGGGCUUGCCUUCUUAUUCUUAAACAGCAGGAAAGUUAGAAACAGAAGAUUAUUGCUUUCACACACACUUGGCACCAAUAAGUACAUUAACCACGCUGCUAAGUUCUCCCCUGGAACAUUGUGGAUAACCUGUAAAAGAAGAAAAGAAGAAGAAAAAAACUUUUUAUUUUUUUGCAUAGAACCUGAUUGAGAAGGAGUUCCAAAUCAAUCCCAACUUCCUGUUCUUACAACAUUACUACAGUUGUGCUUUCUAACCUUCAUUUUGAUACUGAUCUUAAGUCACUAAACUGUGAUGGUAUUAUUGCACAGGCAGCCUCUAUGAAAAGCCUUAGCGAUAGUGGGUUCCUUUUCAUUUCUUCAAAAUAGGGAUAGGAAAUAAGUCACUUGGCACUUAAAAAUGUUGAAUGUGUAUUUGACCAAGGCCUGAAACAUCUAUUUUAGAAUAUAGGCAGGGAAGAAGUUAAUGAUCCAGUUGAAUGGACAAAAUGUUUUUUUUCCCAUUUAUAACUGGCGUGGCUGCUUACCCAGAUAGUGGCUUUUGAAACACUUCCAACUGUCCAUAUGCAUCUCAUUGGGUUUCUUUACAGCUGUCUACACGGACUGCCAUAUGAGGUUAUCGGUUUGCAUUUUAGCAGCAAGAACCACAAUGCCCAAAUCCUUGGGUUCACUAACAAAAACAGUCCCUUUGACAGUGAGUUCUAACACAACUGGCUGCUCAUGCAAAGCACACCUCUGUUUUCCAGGCACAUGCAAUAUAAAAAGUCAUGUUCCAUCUUUGCAUUUGCAUGAACGAUGACCGAGACAAAAACCCAUUGAUGUGCAGGCCAAACAAUUUGUAUUCUUAUUUGGAAAAAGGAGUGAUUUGCAUCUCUGCCCAAAGAUAUUUGUGUGCAUAGAAACAAGGGGAAGACGGCUCAGGGAGAAUCCGGAAGAGAAAAACCUCCAUGUGAUGGAAAAAGGCCAGAUAGUACAAGAAAUAAAAAGUCCCAUCUGUUGACCCAAAAAGCAUCUACUUAGAUUCAUUUCCUGGACUUAUUGAAAGUAGAGUGACAGCAGGACUCUUCAGAGUGCUAAGUUCAACGUGCAAAUACACAGAGCAAGUAUAAAUUAAAGUAAAACCACUAGACUUUGUAUUUCACAUUGUGAUCAUAUCUAUGCAGCUUUCUAGACGGUCUUUUAAUGUUUUUCCAUAUUUCCUGGUAAAUACACUGAACUACCACUGUGCCUCAAUUAAUAAGUCUUUUACUCAAUUGCUUUUCUUUUUGACAAUUAUUGUAUCUAUCCAGAAAUUGAUGAACUUGUGUGAUUAUAAAUGGUGUAAAUCCAGAGCUGGUAUGAAGAACAUGUACAAUUAAGAUCGUUUUUAAAACAUUGGAACUGUAAAACACUUUCUUGGAGAUUAUUCAUAAUCAAUACACUUGUGAGAGAUCUGUAGUCUAUGAAUUGUACAUACAGAUAAUUGGAAUACACACACAUACAAACACAGUAAGUGCUUCUCAUUGCUUCCUAGUCAUUUUUUGUUUUUCUCUUAAUUUGAAAAAACAAACAUGUUGUUAAGCAAAAAUGAUUAUUAGGAUGAAGAUGGAAUUAGAAAUUCUAGUUUUAUUUCUUUCAGUGUGUGAUAAAAAUUCUUCCACAACUUAAUAAAUAGCAAAUUAUCCAAUGGGAUAUUCCAAAAUUAAUAUUGGUGAUUUCAAUGAACUGUCGAACAAUAUCCAUAGCUAAAUCAUUAAUGAGCUUUUACAGAUGAAGUUUUAUCUUCUUUAAUUAAGAAGGUAAGAAUAUAAGGAGAACAACAGUGUAUUUGUGUGGUACAUUUUCUCUAAUUUAAUGAUAUAAUUUUGGAGUUGGUUCUAGAAUUUAGAGUUUAUAUGUCUUUUUUCAGGCCGCGACAUUUUUGCUGACCCUAUGCAAUCUGUUUUUCCUGAGCUGUUCCAAAAUCAAUAUUAGAGCAUAAUAUAAAUAAGAUUUAUAAAUGUAGGUGUAUUAGACACGAAUAAUAAUAUAAUUGAAUGAUGCUGGUGAUUGAUUUGUAA